GCAUCUAUAACAUAAUCUACUGAAAUGUCAAAUGUCAAAACACAGCUGUAAAUAAUGUCUCAGGAGGGUCUGAAACAUGUUAAAUUAAUGUCUGAAUCUUACAAUAAUGUUGUUCAGGUGUCACUGAAUGUGAAACAUUAGUACUAAUGUUCUGUUUGUUGCUCACAGGUGGCUGCAGGUCACAGCUGGCAGCAGCAUCACACAGCAGCUGAAACUAUAAAGUUUGCCACUGGAGCGGAUGCAGCGUCAAAAAAGGACUGUUACAGAAAAACCUGCAUGUCUACAGAGUAUGACACCCGCGAGGCUGUGUGCUGUGAGAAUCAACUUCACAAAGGCGCAGAGGCAGAGUUGUCAUGUUGUGGACAGGAGGUUUUCAACCCUGCCGUAGCCACUUGUUGUAAAGUAAAACAUGAAAACACCACGACAGUUAAUAUCACGCAGGGUAUAAGCAAAAUGGUGUCAGAUUGCUGUGGACUGAAGGCCUUCAACUCACUCAAUGAAAUAUGCUGCCAGUCAACUAUCAUAGUCAGACCUGUGCCAAAUGCCCAAUGUUGUGGUAAAGUGGCUUUUGAUGAAGAAAAGCAGCUGUGUUGUGGUCCGAACGAGACGGUCUUGACCAGGAAAUCACCAGAUGAGCAAUGCUGUGGACAUGAGGUGUACAACACCAAGACAGAGUGCUGCUAUGAGGCAGAAGAUGUUUUAAAGAAGGCGUCCAUCUGUUCACAACGGUGUUCAAAGGAGUCAGAAAAGCAGCCGUGUUGUGGUCCGAACGAGACGGUCUUGAUCAGGAAAUCACCAGAUGAGCAAUGCUGUGGACAUGAGCUGUACAACACCAAGACAGAGUGCUGCUUUCAGGAAGGAGAUGUUUUAAAGAAGGAGCCCAUCUGUUCACAACGGUGUUCAAAGGAGUCAGUUAAUAUCAAGCAGGGUAUAAGUAAAACGGUGUCAGAUUGCUGUGGACUGAAGGCCUACAACCCACUCAAUGACAUAUGCUGCCAGUCAACUAUCAUAGUCAGACCUGUGCCAAAUGCCCAAUGUUGUGGUAAAGUGGCUUUUGAUAAAGAAAAGCAGCUGUGUUGUGGCCCGAACAAGACGGUCUUGACCAGGAAAUCACCAGAUGAGCAAUGCUGUGGACAUGAGCUGUACAACACCAAGACAGAGUGCUGCUAUGAGGCAGACGAUGUUUUAAAGAAGGCGUCCAUCUGUUCACAACGGUGUUCAAAGGAGUCAGGUGCGCAACAACAGAAACCAAGCUCCCAGCCCAACUGCACCAAGCCUCAGACACACCUCUGUGGGUCAUCAUGUUACAAUCCGAAUGAAUUCCGCUGCUGUGAGAGAAACCAAACAGAGCCCCAUUGGUGCUGUGCAGGUCAAUGUGAUGCUGUACCGACAGUGUAUAACCCACGUACACAUGUCUGCUGUGACGGCUGUGUAUCUGAUGGGAAGCCUUGGAUUGAUCAAUUUCAUGGCUUACCUGGACUGGAGCAGCACUGCUGUGGGAGAGAAGUCUACCAGCCUGAUACUGAGAUCUGCUGUGAUGGACACAGAGAGAAGAUUCCUUUAAAAUGCUGUGGGAUUAAAGCCUAUGACAUUAAAGACCCACAGAUGAAGUGCUGUGCAGGGAGACUGUACAACCUGACGUCCAUAGGCGAGCAAGGACAUGACGAACAGUGCUGUGGAUCCAUUCUGCAUAACUCCUCAUCAGUCAAGAGUGUAUGCUGCUCGAGUGAGGACAACGAGGUGCUCUACUCUAUCAAGACAGGAUUCGGAUGCUGUGGUCACCUCUACUAUAACUCCACCCUGUGGUCAUGCUGUGCAGGGAAGCUGAGCCCAGUCAGUCAGUUGUGUGCAGAAUCCAGACUUCUGUCACUGAACAAUCUGAAUGAAACAGAUCUUUGCAAAGAAAUGUACAUCGGGACUGUGGAGAGUGUGUCUUUGGUCACCGUCGUGUUCAGAAACGUGCUGAAAAUCCAUGGAAGAAACGGAACGGUGAAACCUCUGGCUUUGCCUCAUUUCCUGAAAAUACCUGAUCACUACAAUUCUACUAAACUGAUCCCUGGCAAGACCUACUUCUUUCAUGAUUCUACUAAACUGAUCCCUGGCAAGACCUACUUCUUUCAUGAUGUGAAUUUCUUUGCAGAUUUCAAACACCACUCUGACCUUCAGUCACUCGAUUUCAUUUUUUCUAAGUGUUAUGAGCAAUGAUGGUCUGGGGCUGCAUGCAGCCCUCCAAAAGCCCUGUCCUCACAGUGAAGCUGCAGGGUUUAUGCACUUUCCAAUUUUGACCAAAACCCAGGUGAUUUCUGAAUGUAGUCUUAAUCGUGCCUUGUCAGCUACCUAAGAAGAUAUAAUGUAUGAAUAUGACAACUUUGGAGUUACGUGAGUUACCUUAGGUGUAUUCUUCCUCUUCCGAUGGAGGCUAUGCACGGACAAAGACAAAAUUGAUAUCAACCCUACCAACCAACUACUGGUAAGACAUUAAGCAAGUAAACAAUCCCAAAUUUCAAAGUAGCAGGGCAUUACUUGAAUUAUUUACUAUGAUGUUUUACUGAGUUUCUAAUUGUAAUCCUUAUACCACUUGUUACUAAGGACAGUAAUUAGUACAUUGACCAAUAUGGUGACAAAUUCAACUGUACACUGUGAAGUACUCCUCCUAUUCUACUAUGAUUAUUUUCCAAAGUUUGACAAAAGCUACAGCAUUAAAACCUUGGUUUCUGCAGUCUAAACUAUACAACCAAUAUUAAUUUGGUGUGAAAGUAACCGACUUCCUAGCUAUCAUGGUGGCAGCAUGCAAGUGUAUCAAUACAUAGCUUGAUUCUUACAUAAGCUAAACAGCUAAUAUGUUUUGUUUUUCAGAAUAUUAUGCUAAUUUUAAUUGUUUUUAUAUACCUUUGAAUUUUGUCCAGAUCUACUCAUAAAUGUCAAUUGUUUGCACACGUCCUCCACUCAUAUGAUUGUAUGUUUAUAUGUAAAUGGCAUAAAAUAUUGCUCGUGUCAUGAUUUAUGAAGCUAGUAAUGAAUUUGCCUUUCAUCAAAAAUAUCAGGGAUACAAAUAUGUAUGUGGAUGACCUUAUCACCUAGUGGUUCCAUUGUGGUGACUUUGAUUUGUUUUUCACCAUAACUAUUUUUUUUCUCCUUUGGUGCAUUCAUGCUUCAGUUGUUAAUCAAGUGAAUAUAAUUUUUGUACUGUAAUACACUAAGAAAUUGUGAAAAUAGCAUCUGUUUUGCAUUUGUACUGUACUUUACUCAUUCAUACAACUGUAUGUGAAAGACAUAAACAAUUUACAUCUAACCAAAGAUAUUUUUCAUAAAAGCAACAUAAACACUUAGUAUUGCAUGUUUUAAUACAGUAUGUUUGACUUAUAAACAUACAAUUUUAAAUUGCAUGUUUAUUUUUAAUUGACUCACAUGUGACACCACAUACAGUACUUUGG